UCUCGGCCAUCUUGUCGGUGCUGUGACGCCUGGCUGGGCGGAUCCGGAUCCGGAUCAACAACAACAUCCUGACGUCUCUCUCACUGGUGGAGAUACCAGGUGGAUGGACCGAGGUCCCACACGUUUUUGAGUCAGUGAUACUUAAAGAGAUCCAUAAUGACUCGUGUCGUACUGGCCGUGUACCUCAGACUCCCACCUGAGGAAAAACAAAAAAAAAUGGGUCCAGAUGGCCUGAGAAAGUGCUAUUAAGCUAAUUAAUCCGCAAUUAAUUAAGCUAUAAGCUUAAUAAAAUAAGAGCUACUGAUUUAAAUCAAUUUGAAUGUUUCUAUAGGACCCUGUGAAAGCCUGCCAGGGACACGUGCCACAUCUUGGGAAUCACUGCCCUUGACCUAUCCUUCUGGUAAUCAUAUAAAAAUCCAUUUUUUAUUUUUAAAGGCUGCAUUGAUCUAGUAGUUUCAGUACAAUAACACACUUACAUCACAGUCCUCUGUAAUACUGACAGUUAUGUAAUGCCAUUAUACAACUGAAUUGAGAUGACACAAUCGCAUUGUGAGUAAAUCCAACUGUAAUAAUUUCCCAACCAAUGAUGUUUGAAAGUGCAGCAUUGCUAAUUGAGUCUAAUUGGAGUUUCGCGUGUUCCGCCACAGGGGGGCGCCACUGUAUCAAGUUCACUGCAGAAGCAUCCUUGUGUAAUCUGGAUGCUGAUGCCGGUGCACCAUCGUGUGCUGCAGCUAGACAUAAUGACGGGACUGCCAGUGCAUUUCUGCAGCUGGUGCUUCUGUUGUCACCAAUAACAUUUAAUACAAUUUCAUACAAUAUUCUGAUCAUAAUGAUGCCUGCGGCUGUGUUCAACCUGUUCUAACAAAGGGCCUGUAUAGCGCAGGCUGAGCAUAUCCACAUGGGUCCCUCAAACAAAGCGCACUGCCUACAGUAAGAAGGCAUUGUAUCAUGAUUGUGAUAACCUGGGCCUUUUAAACUGGAUUUCACCAUAUAAAGAUAUCUUAUAAAACUAUUGUUUCAAUUAUGAUUUAAUGGAGCCAUCCAUUACCCAUUAAAUUGACUGAUACAUGGCCCUGCAUUGCUCAUUAUACAAGAGUUUAUUUGAUUUUUUAAAGCCUACUCAUAAAAUAUGUCCAAGUACGUCUGUUUGUGUGGAUAUAUCUCCUCAUUAAUGGAGGAAUAGUCCUCGCAAAUUAGUUCCUGGACAAAAGUAUGCGCACAGCGGCUCCGCGUCUCACUUGUGCGCCUCAUCACCGCCGGGUCCGGGCUUGAACGCGUGUAAAAGGAAGCACUGCCUCCCUCCUCCAUGCGUAAAUUAUGUAGGGCAGGACGGGAAUGCUGUGCCACCUCCAUUUGAGAAAACCCGGCCGAUGAAUGUAAGGGGGGGGGGAAAGGAAAACACAAAAAGCCGUUUUCAACCAACGUUUGACAGCAGAGGAGUAGCGCAUCACGACUUGCCUGUUGUGAAGCCAAGGAGAAGAAAAGAUGGACAUUACGGACCAAGGAGCUCAAAUGGAGCCGCUCUUACCCACGGAACAAAGUUCCCAAGAAAAUAAAGAUGUGAGAGCUGAUGAGGAGGCAGUGGUGGACCGCGGGGGCACACGCUCCAUGCUCAACACCAACUUUGAGAAGGAAGAACUCGAAGGUCACCGCACUCUCUACAUUGGGGUUCACGUUCCCCUGGGCAGGAGGUCGCACCGACGUCACCGUCACCAUGGACACAAACACAGGAAGAGGUCCAAGGAGAGGGACUCUACAGCUGAUGAUGGAAGAGAAUCCCCCUCACACACAGACACACCAGCUCAGAGGGUGCAGUUUCUGUUGGGGACAGAGGAUGGCGACGAGGAACACAUCCCUCACGCCCUGUUCACCGAGCUGGACGAAAUCUGCCUCAGGGAGGGUGAGGACGCCGAAUGGAAAGAGACAGCCAGGUGGCUUAAGUUUGAAGAGGAUGUUGAGGAUGGGGGUGAGCGGUGGAGUAAACCCUACGUAGCUACUCUGUCUCUACACAGUCUUUUCGAGCUUCGUAGCUGCAUCAUGAACGGCACCGUGAUGCUGGACAUGAGGGCCAACUCGCUGGAAGAGAUAGCAGACAUGGUUCUGGAUCAGCACGAGUUGUCGGGCCCUGUAGGUCAGGAUGCCAGGAAGAGGAUUCGCGAGGCUCUGCUCAAACAGCACCACCACCAAAACCACAAGAAACUGGCCAACCGCAUACCUAUUGUACGCUCCUUUGCUGAUAUUGGCAAGAAGCAGUCUGAGCCUCAUUCCAUGGACAAGAAUGUAAAUGGCUUCUAUUAUCAAACUGUAAAAUCUCCCAAGUAUAUGCCUGAACUCCCCAAGAUCACUCCACCCAGAAAGGCAUUUUCCUGUUUGGCAUGGCCGUGGUGUGUGUUUUGCGUGUCACGUCUGUCCACCCCUCCAUCACCUUUGAGCUCCUCCAGCAGCCGUGACCACAUGACCCCAGACACGCCCUUUGGCAGCACCGACACCAAACGCCUUAGUGUUCUUCAGGCAGUUGCACAAGGCUACUGUCCCAUCGCAUAUGAAGACACAGAGCAGGAAAUCAGCAGAGGCCAAACAGUCUCACCUCAGUCCCAGCCAUCUAACAAUGAGGGCAAACAGGAUGUCAGCCGAGAAAACAGUGCUGUCGACUUCAGCAAGAUUGACCUCCACUUCAUGAAGAAGAUCCCUCCUGGUGCUGAGGCAUCUAACGUCCUGGUGGGGGAGCUGGAAUUCCUGGACCGCCCUGUGGUGGCCUUUGUCCGCCUGUCUCCUGCUGUGCUGCUGAAUGGCCUGGCUGAGGUUCCCAUCACCACCAGGUUUCUUUUCAUCCUGCUUGGUCCUCUGGGAAAAGGUCCACAGUAUCAUGAAAUUGGCCGGUCUAUUGCUACCCUGAUGACUGACGAGAUUUUCCAUGAUGUUGCUUAUAAAGCCAAAGACAGGAAUGACCUGGUGGCCGGCAUCGAUGAGUUUCUGGACCAGGUGACGGUGUUGCCUCCUGGAGAGUGGGACCCCUCCAUCAGAAUAGAGCCUCCCAAAAAUGUUCCCUCUCAGGAAAAGCGGAAGAUUCCCCCUGUUCCCAACGGUGUAACAGAUCUUGGAGAGUCGGAGGAACACGGAGGACACGAUGGCCCUGAGCUCCAGCGCACUGGGAGGUUUUUUGGCGGGUUUUUCAUGGACAUCAAGCGAAAGGCUCCUCACUACCUUUCCGACUUUACGGAUGCUAUCAGUCUGCAGUGUCUGGCAUCCUUCCUCUUCCUCUACUGCGCCUGCAUGUCACCGGUCAUCACCUUUGGAGGACUUCUGGGUGAGGCCACAGAAGGACGUGUGAGCGCUAUUGAGUCCCUGUUUGGUGCGUCCAUGACUGGAAUAGCUUACUCUAUAUUUGCCGGUCAGCCCCUCACCAUCCUGGGCAGCACUGGGCCGGUUCUUGUCUUUGAGAAAAUCCUCUUCAAGUUCUGCAAGGAGUAUGGCCUCUCCUACCUCUCCCUGAGGGCCUGUAUCGGCCUGUGGACGGCCUUCCUCUGUCUACUGCUGGUAGCCACGGAUGCCAGCUCGCUUGUCUGUUACAUCACACGCUUCACCGAGGAAGCUUUCGCUGCACUGAUCUGCAUCAUCUUCAUCUACGAGGCUCUGGAGAAGCUGCUCCACCUGGGGGUGCAUUACCCCAUCAAUAAAAACAACAACCUUCAGACACUCACACAGUACUCGUGUGCUUGUGUGGAGCCCAUUAACCCCAGCAAUGACACGCUGCGGUACUGGGACGAGAGUAACAUCACAGCCUCACAGGUCAACUGGACUAUGCUGGAGGUCAAGGAGUGCGAGAUGUUUCACGGGGAGUUCGAGGGCAGCGCCUGCGGCCCCCACGGCCCCUACGUCCCCGACGUCCUCUUCUGGUGCGUGGUCCUCUUCUUUUCCACCGUCUUCAUGUCCGCGUUCCUCAAGGAGUUCAAGACGAGCCGCUACUUCCCCACCAAGGUGCGGGCCAUCAUCAGUGACUUUGCUGUCUUCAUCACCAUCCUGACUAUGGUUCUUGUAGAUUAUGCCCUGGGGAUCCCUUCACCGAAAUUGCAGGUCCCAAGCAAGUUCAAACCUACCAGGGAUGAUCGUGGCUGGCUCAUAAACCCUGUGGGGCCCAACCCCUGGUGGACCACCAUCAUCACCGUCCUCCCCGCUCUGCUCUGCACCAUCCUCAUCUUCAUGGACCAGCAGAUCACAGCCGUCAUCAUCAACAGGAAGGAGCACAAACUAAAGAAAGGCUGUGGCUACCACCUGGACCUGUUUGUGGUGGGCGUGAUGCUGGGCGUGUGCUCGGUGAUGGGCCUGCCGUGGUUCGUGGCAGCCACCGUGCUCUCCAUUUCCCACGUGAACAGCCUGAAGCUGGAGUCGGAGUGCUCGGCCCCCGGGGAGCAGCCCAAGUUCCUGGGCAUCCGAGAGCAGCGCUUCACCGGCCUCAUGAUCUUCACCCUGAUGGGCUGCUCCGUCUUCAUGACCUCUGUGCUAAAGUUUAUCCCCAUGCCUGUGCUGUACGGAGUCUUUCUCUACAUGGGGGCUUCCUCACUCAGAGGCAUACAGUUCUUUGACCGUCUGAAGCUGUUCGGCAUGCCGGCCAAACAUCAGCCAGACUUCAUCUACCUUCGCCACGUCCCGCUGAGGAAGGUGCACCUCUUCACCAUCGUCCAGCUCAGCUGUUUGGUCCUGCUCUGGGUCAUCAAGACCUCCAAGGCUGCCAUCGUCUUCCCCAUGAUGGUCUUGGCGCUGGUGUUCAUUCGUAAGCUACUGGACCUCAUCUUCACCAAGAGAGAGCUGAGUUGGCUGGAUGACCUGAUACCAGAGUGGAAGAAGAAGAAACUGGAGGAUGCAGCAGAAGAGGAAGAGCACAGUAUUAUUGCUGAGGAAGAAGGCAUUGUACAAGUGCCAAUGGAGGGACCCUGCAAGAGUGACCCAGCCACAGUGAACAUCACUGAUGAGAUGUCUAAAGGAUCUUUCGGAAAUGUGUGGAAGAAUAUCAACCCUGGUGAGGUCGUGAAGAAGGAACCAAGCGCUAAAAGUUCUAGCGGCGAAAAGCGACACAAGCGCCGGAGACAUGACAAGAGCUUGGACAGGGAGACAAGUUUGUGAUGACACAUACUGUCUGGUGCUGCCACUGUGCUGUCAAUCAGUAGAUCAAAAAACAAAAAAACUGUACCGUGCCACACUCAACCACCUUUGUACUGUGCUACACUGUGUUUUUGUCAUGUAAGUCUGUGUGCAAGUUGUGUAAAACGAAGAAUUUGUUAGAAACAGUAUUAACACGAGGAACCGAGACACAUUUGUGUUCUUUUUCUAUGUAUUUCAAUGUUUGGUGAAACCAGCAACAGAAGGAAGCCAGAAUUGUACGACACUUACAGCAGCUGCUGUGUCCAUGGGCCAAUCAAGUACACAUUUUAAACAAUUUUUAAUCUACUUUAUUUGCAUUUUGUAUGUUUUUAUAUUUUUCCAACAACAGUUGUGAGUUGUCCGUUAAAAAUCCUGCCACAGCGAACUGCAAAUGGAUUUUGUGUGCAGAAUUUAAUGCCACUAUUGACUUGCACCUCACAAUAGAAAAACCUGAAAAGUAGAUAUUUGUCCAUUCCUAAUCUAUUCAGUGGUAUCUAAAACAGAUGGCUAUAAUGCGAAUCUCGUAAUUUUUUGAAAGGUAUUAAAUAUACAUUUUAUAUAUUCUGUAUAUCUAAAUGUUUUUGUGACAGUGACAGCUCAUAUCACUCAAGUCUUCUCCAUUGCUAUUUUACAAAUAAAUGUCUCUCCUCCAGUAAAGCAUUCCCAGAGACGAGUUAAAGGAAUAGUUUGGAUACCAAUGGAUACCACUCUCAUGUCUGUACGCUAAAUAUUAAGCUAGAGCUAGCAGCCGGCUAGCUUAGCUUAGCAUAAAGACUGAAAACCGUGAAACAGCUAGGCUGGCUUUUCCUAAAAGUAACAAAAUCAGCCAAAAGCUCAGUGAUUAACACUUUAUAUCUUGUUUGUAUUAUCUGUACAAAAAUCUAAAUGUAAAAAUGCAAUGUUUUGGUAGCUAGCGAUAGCUUCAUAUUUAGCGUCGCCUACAGACACGAGAGAGGUAUCAAGAAAAUCGAAUAAGUAUAUUAACCAAACUAAACUAUUCCUUUGAGGACGGUAUACUUCGGGGAUAGCUUAUUAGAAAACAUUUUCGUGCUAGCAUUUCAGCAUAGUUCGGGAACUUUGAGUACCACUAGCAACUUGGCCUUGGCUUUUUAAAAACUCAUCCAAUUUCUUUUUUGCAAAUUUAAGCUCUAUGUUUUCCGCCUGCAUACUCUUUGUCAUCUUGUCAGUAAGUGUCAUCCAUGGACAUGUGAUCUCCUAUCCAAAUGACCCUCAAUGUGUUAGCAUCUGAAGCUAAUUGUUUAAAAAAAAAAAAAACACCUGCAUGACGGUGAAACAGACUUGAUUGUCUCGCUGCAGGACCAUGGUUACUUCUAGAGAUGCAAUAAUACCUUUUUUUCUGGGAAGGGAAACAUGUAAUAAAUGGUAAAGAGUCUUAACAAUGUAUAAAACAUAGUAUAUUUUAUUCAUGUAAAAUGUUACUAAUAUAUUACUAACAUGACGUCAGUGUUGAAGGCAGGUUUUGUUGUAGAUGUUCUUUUCCCAUUGUCUAAUUGAUGGUUCUUAGUUGAUUAGAGUAAUAAGGGGUCAGAAUUAUAUCAAUAUCAAAUAUUUUGACCACGUCUGUGUGGAAUUCUGCCUUAAAUUUGGUAGUGAUAGCUGUACACUUUCUGUUUAAUAAUUUAAGACACCUGUAUAGAAACCUAUCAGUUCAGAUAUGUUGUUAUAUCGUGAUUUGUUUUAUGAGAACGAGAGCGCGAGUGAGUGAGAGCAUAAAUAAAGAUCGUAAACAAA